ACCGUGGCAGGGUUUCUGAGCCCCAACACCUCAGCCUCGGGAAUGGCAGUCACAACAAAUUCAAUGGACAAAACCGUGCCUGGGAGUUUCAACAGCAGGACCUUGGUCCCAAACUUGAUGAUCGUCAUCGCAGGACUGGUUGGACUGACAGGAAACGCUAUUGUGUUCUGGUUCCUGGGCUUCCGCUUGCGUAGGAACGCCUUCUCCGUCUACAUCCUAAACCUGGCGGUGGCUGACUUCCUGUUCCUCCUCUGUCACAUCAUAGACUCCAUGCUGCUUCUCCUCAAGUUUUCCUAUCCCAACAUUAUCUUCCUCCCGGCCUUUAACACCGUCAUGAUGGUUCCCUACAUAGCAGGCCUGAGCAUGCUCAGUGCCAUCAGCACCGAGCGCUGCCUGUCUGUCCUGUGCCCAAUCUGGUAUCGCUGCCGCCGCCCGAAACACACAUCAACUGUCGUGUGCGCUGCGAUCUGGGUCCUGUCCAUGUUGAUCAGCAUUCUGAACCGGUAUUUCUGUGGCUUCUUAGAUGCCAAAUUCGAAAAUGACAACCGGUGUCUGGUAUCUAACUUCUUCACUGCCGCGUGCCUGAUAUUUUUGUUUGUGGUCCUCUUUUUGUCCAGCCUGGCCCUGCUGGCCAGGUUGUUCUGUGGUGCUGGUCGGAUAAAGCUCACCAGACUGUAUGCGACCAUCAUGCUCACAGUGCUGGUUUUUCUCCUCUGCGGCUUACCCUUUGGCAUCCACUGGUUCCUGUUAAUCUGGAUUAAAACUGAUUAUGGCGUAUUUGCCUAUGGCCUUUAUCUGACAUCUCUUGUUCUGACUGCCAUUAACAGCUGUGCCAACCCUGUCAUUUACUUCUUCGUGGGCUCCUUUAGGCAUCAGCUGAAGCAUCAGACCCUCAAGAUAAUUCUCCAGAGGGCUCUGCAGGACGCCCCUGAGACGGGCGAAAAUGGAAGCAGUGUCCCUCAGGACACCACGGAGAUGUCAAACAGCAGAGUGGAGCAGUGA